AUGGCUGUUUUUAAUUAUAUUUUUUUGGCAACAUUUUCGGUUUUAAUGUUAUCGAUAUGCAGAAGUGAUGAUCAGUCGACGGAAGAAUUAGUACCAAUGGACUUAGAAUUAGCUGAAGACAUAUGUAACAUACCAAUUGAUGAAGGGAUUUGUGAAUCUGAGAGCGUCAGCGACAGCAACGGUGACACUGCAGUUUAUUUCGGCUACAAUGUAAACACGACGAAUUGCGAAAUGUUUAUCUACGAAGGUUGCGGUGGCAACGGUAACAGGUUCGACUCCAGUGCCGCGUGCUGGCGAGCUUGCUAUACACCAUUUAGAUAUUUCUUAGCCAGAGUGACCAACUUUAUAAAGUAUAGAUAUAAUGAUUCGAUUGAUUGGACAGCCGAAUAA